UAGAGCGUGGGCGCGCGCAGACCAGCCGGUCCGUGGCUGUCCGCUCCGCCACCGCCCCUUCCGGCGCUCGGCGCGCGCAUGCGCAAGCGCGCCCGGUCGGCGGCGGGCCCGCGGCGGCGGCGGCUGCUCUUUGCUCGGUCCCGGUUCCCGGCGCCCAGCGCCGAGCGGUCCCCGGGAUGCACUGAGCAGCGGGGCCCGGCCGUACGGGACGGGCCGCUAUGUCCGGCAGCCGCCAGGCCGGCGCGGGCUCGGCCGCCACCAGCCCCGGCUCCUCGGCGGCGUCUUCGGUGACUUCCGCCUCGUCGUCCUUGUCGUCGUCGCCGUCGCCCCCGGCCGCGGCGCCGGGUUCGGGCGGGUCGGGCUCGGGGGGCGUGGGCAGGCCGGUGCUGGUGGCGGCCGCCGUGUCCGGCAGCGGCGGCCCGGGCACAGCUGGCCUGGCCCGGUUCGGCAGCGCGACCCGGCCCGGCGCGGGCGGCGGCUCCGGCUCCGGCUCCGGCUCCGGCGCGGGCGGCAGCGGCAGCAGGAAGCGCCCCCUGCUCGCUCCGCUCUGCAACGGGCUCCUCAACUCCUACGAGGACAAGAGCAACGACUUCGUGUGCCCUAUCUGCUUUGAUAUGAUUGAGGAAGCAUACAUGACGAAAUGUGGCCACAGCUUUUGCUACAAGUGUAUCCAUCAGAGUUUGGAGGAUAAUAAUAGGUGCCCCAAAUGUAACUAUGUUGUGGAUAAUAUUGAUCAUCUGUAUCCUAAUUUCUUGGUGAAUGAGCUUAUUCUUAAGCAGAAGCAAAGAUUUGAGGAAAAGAGGUUCAAAUUGGACCACUCAGUGAGUAGCACCAAUGGCCACAGAUGGCAAAUAUUUCAGGAUUUGUUGGGAACUGACCAGGAUAAUCUUGAUUUGGCCAAUGUCAACCUCAUGUUGGAACUCCUGGUGCAGAAGAAGAAGCAGCUGGAAGCAGAGUCACAUGCAGCUCAAUUACAGAUCCUUAUGGAAUUCCUCAAGGUCGCAAGAAGAAAUAAGAGAGAGCAACUGGAACAGAUCCAGAAGGAACUAAGCGUUUUGGAAGAGGACAUUAAAAGAGUGGAAGAAAUGAGUGGCUUAUAUUCUCCUGUCAGUGAAGAUAGCACAGUGCCUCAGUUUGAAGCUCCUUCUCCACCACACAGUAGUAUCAUUGAUUCCACAGAAUACAGUCAACCCCCAGGUUUCAGUGGCAGUUCUCAGACAAAGAAACAACCUUGGUAUAACAGCACAUUAGCAUCAAGACGAAAACGACUCACUGCUCAUUUUGAAGACUUAGAGCAAUGUUAUUUUUCUACAAGGAUGUCUCGUAUCUCAGAUGAUAGUCGAACUGCAAGCCAGUUGGAUGAAUUUCAGGAAUGCUUGUCCAAGUUUACACGCUAUAAUUCAGUGCGACCUUUGGCUACAUUGUCCUAUGCUAGUGAUCUUUAUAACGGGUCCAGUAUAGUCUCUAGUAUUGAAUUUGACCGGGAUUGUGACUAUUUUGCAAUCGCUGGCGUUACAAAGAAAAUUAAAGUCUAUGAAUAUGGCACAGUUAUCCAGGAUGCAGUGGAUAUUCAUUACCCUGAAAAUGAAAUGACCUGCAACUCCAAAAUCAGCUGUAUCAGUUGGAGUAGUUACCACAAGAAUCUGUUAGCCAGCAGUGAUUAUGAAGGCACAGUCAUCCUAUGGGAUGGCUUCACAGGACAGAGGUCAAAGGUCUAUCAGGAGCAUGAGAAGAGGUGUUGGAGUGUUGAUUUUAAUUUGAUGGAUCCUAAACUCUUGGCUUCUGGCUCUGACGAUGCAAAAGUGAAGCUGUGGUCCACCAACUUAGACAACUCAGUGGCAAGCAUCGAGGCCAAGGCUAAUGUAUGCUGCGUUAAAUUCAGCCCCUCUUCUAGAUACCAUUUGGCUUUUGGCUGUGCUGAUCACUGUGUUCACUACUAUGACCUUCGUAACACUAAACAGCCAAUCAUGGUAUUCAAAGGACACCGGAAAGCAGUCUCUUAUGCAAAGUUUGUGAGUGGUGAGGAAAUUGUUUCUGCCUCUACAGACAGCCAGCUGAAACUAUGGAAUGUGGGAAAACCAUACUGUUUACGUUCCUUCAAGGGUCACAUCAAUGAAAAAAACUUUGUGGGUCUUGCUUCCAAUGGAGACUAUAUAGCUUGUGGAAGUGAGAACAACUCUCUUUACUUGUACUACAAAGGACUUUCUAAGACUUUGCUAACUUUUAAAUUUGAUACGGUCAAAAGUGUUCUGGACAAAGACCGAAAAGAAGAUGACACAAAUGAAUUUGUUAGUGCUGUGUGCUGGAGGGCACUGCCAGAUGGGGAGUCCAAUGUGCUGAUUGCUGCUAACAGUCAGGGUACAAUUAAGGUGCUGGAAUUGGUGUGAAGGGUUUACUCAAGUUGAAUUGUACUUUCUCCUGCUGUGAUACAUCUGCAGCUGACAAUGUGAGAAGACAGGAAUUGCCAUGUGCUGUCUCUCCCCAGAGCCAUCAUGAGUUUUGGAUAUCUUUCCAGCAUUUUUCUCCCCCCCCCCCUCCUUUAUGACCUUUGGGACAUUGAAAAUACUCAGCAAACUCUCUGCCACCAGUGUAACUAUGGACUUUGCUGCUGUUGGUGGUGCGAUUCUCUAAUUUUUGUGAUAGGGAAACAUUCUUUUGAAUAAAAAUAAAUAACAAAAAAUAAUAAAAGUUUAUUGAGCCACA